AUGGAUGAUGAACGAAGGUUAGAGCUUAGCGAGCUUAACACCAGAGCGUGGAACGGAGAGGAAGUAUUUCCCUUAAAGCAAGCCAAACUUGACUCCAGUAUCAAGAGAAAUACUGGUUUUAUCAAGAAGUUAAAAUUGGGUAUUACGAAGGAUUCAAAGGCAUCAUUGUUGAAAGAUCUGAGCGAAGUAUCUUUGGAAAAAUAUCUUUCAGAGAUCAUUAAUACAACCGAUGAGGGCUUACAAAAUGUACCUAACAAGAAUGAUGAUGUAGCUGCAGUUGUUGAGGUGAUUAGUGGCUUACACCAGAGAUUCAAUACUAGAUUUACAUGUGAGUUAAUGGCACUAUUUUUGAACCAUUUUGCAUGUCCACAGGAGGAUUCUAUUUCUGAGAAAGAAGCAUCUACUCGUGUGAGCAAAAUGAGGACCAACGUUCGAAUUUUUACAGAGUUGUACCUCGUGGGUAUAUUCAACUCCCUGGACAACGUAACUUCAAAGGAUGCCCUACCGGUUUUUCUGAGGAAAAGAUUGGCUAAAAAAGAAUCAGUUUUGGUGAGUAUCCUAAAGGAAGUCUUAAGUUUUAACUUUAACGAUGGAUUCUCUUCUAGCAUUGCGACUCUUUUUGUGAAGAAAUUCCCACAACUGUUUGAAGAAAACAAUUUAGCAGAUAAAUACAUCCAUGACAAGGAUUUGAAAUACUUGCUUCAAGGGAUUUUCAAAAAAUUUACCGAAGUUGUAUCUGCCAGGGCUGUACAGUUGAAUAAAAGGACCAAGAAAUUGAUCAAAGAACAUCAAAAAUGUCAAAUUCGUACAGGUAAGGAAACAGAUGAUUUCUUGGAAGAGUACAAUGCGACUCUACCACAGUAUGAAAAAUUCAAAAGUGCAGCUUUAGUCCUUACGGAGUUUUUCAAAUUAGAUCCUCCAGAAUUAAACGAAGAAGUCGAAGCACAGGAGGAUGAAGCCGCUAAACCAUCUGUAAUUACAAAUGCAACGGGUGUCUCUCCAAGUCAAAAAGUUUGGGAAAAUGAUGAAGUUAGAAAAUUUUACGAAGCUUUGCCCAACAUUGAUGAAAUUCAUGAUCAGUCCCUUAAAAACAAUGCUGAUCCUGCGGGUGAUAAAGUGAACAAUUUCUUUAGAGAAUUGGAGGAAGCUGACACGAAGGAGGCUAUUGAUCAUUUGUCCGUAUUGUACUGGUCUGAAAAUCUGGACAAUAAGGCAACUAGGAAACGGUUGAUGAAAUUUUUCAUUGAAAACAAAGAUUGGAGUAAAUUAAGACUAUACUCUCGAUUCUUUGCCACUAAUUCGAAGUACUUCCACGAAUUGAUAGAAGAAUUUGUGAAUUAUGUGGACAGCGGAUUCCGUAGUCAAUUGCACUCUAGCAAGAUAAAUGUGAAGAAUAUUAUCUUUUUUUCUGAGAUGGUAAAAUUCAUGCAAUUGCCAAUCUACCUCAUUUUCCACAAAAUAAGAACGUUGAUAAUCAACCUCCAUGUACCGAAUAAUAUCGAAAUCUUAACGGUGUUAUUUGAGCAUUUGGGUAUCUUUCUAAUCAACAAGCCAGAGUACAAGGCUCACAUGGAGAAGAUGAUGGCAUUAUUGAAAGAGAAGAAAAGAGAUAGACAACUCAGCAUAAAUUUAAAAGGUGCCAUGGACAAUUUAAUAACUUUGGUGUACCCACCUUCGAUUAAGUCUCUAAACGCAUCUACCAAGGAACUCUCACCUGAGCAGCAAUUCUAUCAUAUUCUUAUUAGGAGAGAAUUGCAAAGUUUCGAAGUGGGACGUGUGGUCAAAUUGCUGCGUAGGGCCCAUUGGAAGGAUGAAACUGUCAGAGAUACACUUUUCGAUCUCUUUGUAAGACCAGAGGAGUUGUCUUACCAAAAUAUAUCCAUUAUGGCCAAAGUGUUGAGUGAACUGUACAAAUACCAAAGGAAUUUCGUCAUAACCUGUAUCGAUGAAUUGUUGGAAAAAGUUGAAAGAGGGUUGGAGAUUAACGAUUUCACGCACAGCAUGCAUAGGGUUGCGGAAGUUAGAUAUUUAACAGAGCUUUACAGUUUUGCGUUGAUUAAACCCAAUGUCCUUUUGGAUACCAUGUAUCUCAUUUUGAAAUAUGGGCAUAACGGCAAGGGAUCUUAUCUGUUCAGCCCCAAUGACAUUGAUGAAGCUGAUAAUUAUUUCAAGAUUCAAUUGUUGUCGACCAUGCUAUUAAAUCUACGAAGAAACACUUCCAUGUUGAGUAAGAAACUACCGCUUUUCUUGCGUUUCUAUGAGUAUUAUACUUUCACGAAGGAGCAGCCCCUGCCACAAGAGACACAGUUCAGCUUACAGACCACUUUCCAAAAAUACGAGGACGAAGAUGGCUUUGAAAGAUCUAGUACCUUGCAAGAGAGUGCUGUAAGACUAACCUCCAUGGUGAAGUCAUUGAGUGGCGCACAAGGCGAUGUGACAAAGGAAACUUCAAGCACCAAUUUGACGAAGACCAAUUCGGGAGCAGACUCUUCUGAAGACGAAAGUGACGACGAGGACGAAGAGGAAUUGAGUGGAGUAGAUGAUACUGUAGAAGACGUAGAGGAGGAAGCUGACGGCGAAGAAGAUGAAAGUGAUGAAGAUGACGAAGAAAGCGAAGAAGACGAAGAUGGUGAAGAUGAAGACGCAGAUAGUGAAGAUGAGGACGAUAGCUAUAGAGACGUUGUGGCUGACAGAGAUAUUGAGCAGAAGAGAAUGUAUGAUGAAUACCAAGCUAAAUUAAAGGAUGAAAAUGAGCGUAAAAUGGAAGACGAGUUGGAGCAACAAUUGCAGAAGAUGAUGCAGGAUUCUAUGGACUCGAGAAAGAAUGAGAAAAUCGCAAGUGCCAAGAUUCCUCUGGUCGGCGCGAAUAAAACUAAUUCCAACUUUGUUGCCGAGCCGACGGAAACUGAAGGCAAUGAACAGGAGUCUCGCAUUGCAGGCCAACAGCCUAAGCGGGUCGCCUUUACCUUCUUAAACAAGUCCGGUAAGAAAACGCAGUCGCGUACGCUAAGAUUACCAUCCAACGUGGAUUUUGUAUCGGGAGUGCUUGAAGAGGAGGAAAGAUUGAAGAAUGAGCGUGAGAAGAUCAAGAACAUCGUUUUGCAAAGGGCAUUUGACUAA